CGAGAGACACAUUCAACAGCUCUCGAAAAUAUCAGGUAACGAGGGUCCAAGUUCCAGCUUCCAUUUCCUCUCUCGGUUGUUUCUCUCUCUUCUGUUGCGGGAUUAGAGUUAAAGCCAUUGCUUCGAAGCCGACCUUUCUCUUCCAAUCACAAAGGAAAUCUGAGAUCUUUUUCGGUUCUUCUCAAUGGCGGACGAGGAACUUGUUGAUCAAAAGAAGUAUCUUGAGGAGUCUUGCCGGCCUAAAUGUGUAAAACCUCUGAUUGAAUAUCAGGCAUGUGUUAAGAGGGUUGAAGGUGACGACGGUGGAGACAAGCAUUGCACAGGGCAGUACUUUGACUACAUAUCUUGUGUUGACAAAUGCGUUGCGCCGAAGUUAUUUCAGAAGCUCAAGUAACUGAGUUGAAGUUCUAGGGUCUGCCCAUCCUUUAAUUGUUACCCUUUACAGUGGAUAUGAAUUUUUAACUUGCGCUACGAUGUUUAUUUCCAGCAACAUCAUUCAAAUCUUGUUGAGAGGUCUUGAAUUUGAAUAAAAAGAUGAUUUUGUGAA